CUUUAUGAGUGCUCCUCGCCACUCUAUCCCCUACUGAGUCCAUCCCGUUGGAUUGUAUCAUAUACUUUCUCUACUUCUAAGGCAACCAAGGGCCUGCUCUCUUUCUUGUUUCCUAUCUACUCCCACCGCGUCCUAUCUUAGUCUCCGCCUGUAGACGAUACUCACGGGUCUGAGUCCUUCGAUUCGACGACAUGACGAGCACCGUCGACGCUGCUGCUUCCCUCUCUGUUGCCCUCGCGGCGGCCUCUUCCGCCUCUGCUGCUGCUGCUGCCGCCGCUACCGAGGCUGCUAUCUCCGCUGCUAUCGAAAGUUCCGCUGGGACGACAUUUGGAGCGCUGUUGGAUGGUGGUUUGGUAGCAUUCCUCCUGUAUGGGUUUGCGUGUGCGCAGACAUGGGAAUAUUUCGUGAGGUAUAGGAGCGAUGGGUCAUACAUGAAAGUUCUUGUUGGACUCAUUUGGGCCCUUAACACAGUGCAUCGAUUUUUCGACGUCAACAUGUUGUGGUUCUAUUUGGUCUCAAGAGGAGAUGGCAACAUUUUGAACCUCCUGUCUGCGAAUUGGAGCAUCCUGGCCAGACUGUUUCCUUCCGAAAUUGCUAUCACACUCGUUCAAUGUUUCUUCGUGAUGAGGAUCUGGCUAUUUUCCGAACGAAGGGCCGUAUCUUGGAUUCUGCUGGUGCCUAUCGUGGCUAGCCUAGCAUUCGCCAUGGCUUAUAUUGUCAGAGCAUUCCAAUUCCCAGAGUUUUCCGAUGCACCAAAACAGAAGUGGAUUGUGAUAUGCUAUUCCUCGAUCCGCGCCGGAACGGACAUCUUGAUCUCGCUCGUCCUGUCCUGGUUAUUGUAUCAGAAGGGCAAAGUGUCCAUGAGCCACCUCAAGGGAGUUUUGCGGAUUUUGUUCCAAUACACAAUCACCACAGGAGUCCUCGCUAGUUCAAUGGCUACACUUGUUGUUAUCAUGUUCGUAUGCAGGCCAGAUAAUCUGGUAUAUAUCGGCCUCUACGACGUUUACGGGAUCCUCUUCUUCAACUGUAUGAUGGCCUCCCUGAACAGCCGCGAAAAUCUCCGCGCCGUCGCCCAUCGCGAUCACAUCCUUUCCGACCUCAGCUCUGGCCACAACUCCGUCCGAGUCCAAGUCCCCGUCGUGCAAACGGUGGAAUACACCUUCGACGACCGCGAGGUCUCCAAGUCCCGUUUCACCGAGAGCCACCAGACGUCGGCCCGGACGACACAAGAGGACGCCGAGGCCAACUAUCAGGAGACAAAAUAGCUGCUUCGCAUAGACUUUGGUCUUGGAUCGGACAGGCAACCUUCUGAAAGAAGUCGUGGCUUUUAGACCUGUAUAACAUUCAACUCUUGCGGUAUUCAUUUCCAAAAGAGACCGUGGGCGGGGGCGGCGAUGUUUGGUUAUGCUUUGUACUUGUAGGGCAGAUUUUCUGGGUGGAUUUUUUUUGUGCUAGUUAUUGUUUUUGUGCUUUUUUAUCUCCACUCAUUUAUGGUCCCCCAUUCGGUUGUCACUCUUAUGGACUCGUUUUACUGUUGUCCCCUUAUCUCACUUGUGUAACGGCAGUGCGCAAGCCUUUUCAUGUCAUAUACCCCGUCCAUGGCUAGAUUCUUAGACACAUGAUAAUGUCUUCCAAAACCGAAGACGUCUUGGAGCCCUUCGUAAAUAGGGUUUCCU